AUGGUGAUGGAUAUUGUGACGCUUGGAAAGAAGAAGCUGCCAGACGCGGCCAUCGCCGAGUUUGCGACUCCCGAAGCUAUCACUUUGUUCGAGAGCUGCGGAGUGAUGAGCCGAUCUGAGCUCACUGCGAAGAAGAAUAUUUUACUGGAGAUCUAUUUCAAUCGUAUUGCAGUUGAAGCUCGAUGCGCGUACAGAAUUGCCAAUACCGUCAUUUUGCCGGCGUGUAUCAAGUAUCAGACAGAUCUCGCCGACAACGUCGCUAAGCUGAAGUUGGCCACUGGUUCGGUCCCCGAGUUCACCAAUACUAGGUUGAACGAGGUCAGCCAACUGAUAGAGCAAUUUGGUAAGGCCUUGGGUGCUCUGAAGACUAAGAUCGACCACAAGCACAGCAGUGAGGAUCCGAUGGUCCAUGCGAGGUUCGCCGCUGAUGAGAUGAGAUUGGCUAUGAAAAAUCUGAGGGCUACUGUUGAUUCCCUGGAGCAAAUUUUAUCUGAUGAAUAUUGGCCUCUUCCCACAUAUCAGGAAAUGCUUUUCAUCAAAUAGCUAUCCCGUUUAAUAUCAAACAUUUUAUUUCCUUUUACCCUCCCCAUGCUCACUGAGGGACGACUCUAUGUUCAGCUAUGACUACCUUGAAGACUGUUGCGAAAGGUUGUAGAGCAUUAUGAGCACAUUUUCAUCUAUUUCACACACA